AUGAAGACCAUCGCCCUGCUGAUAGGUGGUUUGGCUUUUGCCUUGGCAUUUGUCGAUUUGUCGAAAGCAGAGCGCACUAAGAAGUUUGAUUGGUUUUGGCCACAGCACCGUGGAUCGAAGCCGCUUCCGGAUAGUAGAGUAAUAAACGGCCAGGAAGCCCGACCUGGUCAGUUUCCAUACCAGGCACUGGUGUUAAGCUUCUUCGAGGAUGACGAGUCUGCACUGUGCGGAGGUACGUUACUGACACAGAACUACGUACUGACGGCUGCCCAUUGUGUCAUAAUUGAUAGCUUGGUAACACAUGGAACCGUCACUCUGGGAGUUCACAAUCGACAGGUCGAAGAGGAAACCCAACAGAGAAUCGAUUUCGCCUCAAUCAACGUUCAUCAAAACUUUUCCGAAUCGUUACUAAUAAACGAUGUCGCCACCAUUCAAUUGGCAACUCCGGCAGUGUUCAACGAUUUCGUUCAACCCAUCGAUCUUCCGUCAGUUUCGGAUACACGUCGGUUCUCUGGAUUCACGGGAACCAUCUCAGGCUUUGGACGUACCUCCCCUGAAACCGGAUCGCUUGCUUCCGAUGUGAUCAUGUACACUAGCAAUCCGAUCAUGACCAAUUCCGGCUGUCAAUCUUCGAUAAGUACUAUUCAGAUUCAAGCGCAGUACAUCUGUCAGUCUGCUGCAGGCGGUCGGUCGGCGUGUCAUGGAGAUUCCGGAGGUCCACUAACCAUUCGGGAAAAUGGUCGUAGUCUGCAGGUUGGCAUUGCUUCGUUCGUUCGUGGCGGUGACUGUGGUGCCGGCGUUCCAGUUGUAUUUGCUCGGGUCCCAUAUUUUCUGGCUUGGAUUCGUGAAAACUCCGAUGUAGUGCUGCGAGACUAA